UUCAGUUUCAGUUCCCGUGCAAAUCUCGGAGCGUCUGGUUGCGUGUCCGUGCGAAAUUCACUCGGAGUUCCGGCGCAAGUCGCGCUGAUUUCGAUUAAGGCUUCUCAGGCUUCUGCCGCCCCAAAAAGUAGGCAACUGUGCAGGAAACCCCAAUCGCGUGUGUCAGUGUUUAAAGCUUUAACUUUGCUGGGUGAAAGUUUUUUAUGAAUGGAUCGCUCGGUCGGCAGCGGGUUGCUAUAUUUUGGGCGGCGGGUGCGCGGUGAGAAAUCCGGGCGUGCCUGGCCUGGUAAUAGCUCUUCGAUGGGCAUUACAGCCUGCCUAGCGAAAUGAAAACAGUGAUAAACUCACUUUGGGGAUAACGCGACGAGGUGUCUUCUAAGCCAAUUAAUAAACAUAUAUGUACCCCUUUCGGAGAAAUAAGUUGAAAUUAAUUUGUUUCUUUCUCACUCCUUCCAUAUUCCUCCGGGAGAAUUUAAGGAAAGAGUGCUAAAAGUGUGAAACAAGCAAGGCAUGUUAUAAGACUUCAAAAAUUAUUAACCUAAUAAAAUAUUUUGAAUAAGUAUGGGCUAAGUAAAGCCUAAGCUAUCAAAAAAACACACCUCUUUAAGGGGUACCUUUAACAAUCGCACCGUAAACAAGCCAAAUUACGGAUAUCAGUAUUUUCAUUAGUCGAAUGAUUAAUAAUUUCUUGUGAGGUCUCAUUAGGGUGUUUGUAUCAAUCCAUAUAACACAUGCUCGCAACUUUUAGCUAAAACAAUACUUUACCACAUUAUAGUCGAACGAUCAAUGCUUUUUGUAGUACUCCUCCUUUGACAAUCUCCAGUUGCACCUAAUUUUAUGUUCGAAGAGUAUUUCGUGUCAUCAUUUGAAAGUUGACACCUUCAGUUUUCAAUCCCUGCCAUAAGGUGGUCAUAUUCAACUAACGUGCUUCUCAGUUUUGAAGCACCUCAAUAGCAGGCGCGGAUCCAAAUUUGAGGAUAAAUACCCCUCACACGGGUAAGAAGUGAAAGAAAAUGUAUGCCACGGCAAAUUGUGUUCUGAAAACCCCUGAACAUCAAAAUCUUGGAUCCGGCACUGCUCAGUAGUAGCCCACAUUGACUCCAAAGGAUUAUAAAAGCCAACUUGGCUCACUUGAGAACGCGUCCCUUGUGGGAGCCAUAAAGUGUCGCCGUCGUGGGUACUGACCCGGCCAAUACGUGAUCUGAUCACACAACAAACCGCAACACCGGCAGCACAGCAAUCCGGGGAAAUACCUUCCCGCUCCUUCAUCUUUGCCGUCGCCAUGGCCGCCAUUAAAGAUGACACACGCCAGCCGGCUGACGCCUGCUUACAUUACGAGUACUUCUAGGCAUUCCGGUACCAAUUCCACCGCGCUCGCCAUCGCUCAUACGCACCGUGUGCCGGCCAAGCGCUUAAUUGCCGAAUAUUUGUGUGCGGCACAACAAAGCGUUUCAGCCAUGUGCCAGCCCGAAAAGAAAGAACGUUUACAUUCUUCAGCGAAACUUGUGGCAGUCAAGGAUAUAUGAACCUUUGAGUUUAAAAUUACCAGAUGGCAGUGGGUGGUACGUGGAGAAAGUCAAAUGGCCGAAGCGUUUUAAUUGCCUCCGGUAUAAGGGACUUCCUGCCCACUAGAAGUGCGUGUGUGUGAGCUCGAGCGAAGUGCGCGUGUCGCAGCAGGGCAAAGGACCUCAAACAGGCCAAAUCUCCUGCCAGACAAGCCUUUCGGCUGUCGACAGUCUUCAAAGCGGCUUAAAGUUCCAGCAUCGAGUUCGAGUGAGCUCCUAGGCCAAACGGACGCACUUUCAUUCAUCGGGGCCCACUUUGGGCAACGACUCCGAUCUACCAGCAACACAAGCGCAUUUAUGGCGAGUUCGAACAAAGCCUCGUCAAAGUUCAUUAACAGGAAUAGUUGGGGAAGAAACAACAAAUGCAGCUUCACCAUCGGCGUCAGCACGGCUCGCAAAAUGUAAUCGGGCCAGGACGCGGAAUUAAAAGGGGCCCACUCCGCUCUGCAGUGGGCUACGGCAACGGUCACGGGCAACAGCAAUAGCUUCCACUGAACCGCAACAACCGACAACAAGCGCAGUAACAACAGCAGCAACGUCAAAAAAAAACCUUACCAAAAUACGCAACAUAAAUGAAGUUAACAAUCUGUCAAAUUGCUAAAUUAUUUCUGCUGUUGACAGCCUUCUUCUUUCUCAAUUCCCCCCGCGCAGCCUUCUUAGCUUUCGGCUCGAGUCCCACCCCAUCCUCUCCCUCCUCCUCCUCCUUCCGGCCAGAAGCGGCGGGUGUCCUUGUCCUGUCAGCGGCCAAGACAGCGACAGAUUUCGCUACAACGCCAUCUACAAAAUCGGUUGCGGCCACGCGGACCUCCCCAGCGACAGCAGCGGCAGCAACACUCAGCGGCAACAGCAAUUCAAUUUGGCCGACAGCAACACAAACGCAGAGUCCACGUAAUGCGCGUGAGGCUGCUCGUCAGAAACGUCAGAGGCAGCAGCAGCAACAGCAACAGCAACUGGGACAGCAACAGCAACAACAACAGCAAAAGCAACAGCAACAGCCACAUCAGCAGCAACAGCAACUUCAGCAGCAACAGCAACAUCAGCAUCAACGAAUGGCCGUUUUAAUACCUUCUUCGCUGCACGUUGACAUGACGCAUGUGCAACAGGGCUUUCAGAAUUUCCUCGACUUCUUUCAACUGCAUUUAUCUGAUGUCAGCGUCGAUUUUCUACGUGAUGUGGAUUUAAGUGGCUUCAUUAAAUUACUCGAGCUGCCCAAAUACACGAGCGUUGUAAGGACUUUAAAUGCGGGCAUUAAUGUGACAGCGACGUGA